AUGAGUGGCCUCGAAGUUGCAGGCGUUCUCCUCGGGGGGUUCCCUCUGAUCAUUUCCGGCCUCGAGCAUUGGCGCGAUAUUGCCAAGGUCGGUGGCUUCUUCUGGCGAGUGCGAAAGGAAUACACAAAAUGCCGCAGAGACGUGCAAUUUCAUGAGAUUUUGUACAAGAGGAAUCUGAAAGAGCUUCUACUACCCAUUGUGAAUGAUGCAGAUGAGGUGACUCGUCUGAUGGGUGACCCGGGUGGCAAAGACUGGAGCUGCAACGCUCUACAAGAGCGCUUGGAGGGGCGUCUCCAGGAGUCGUACGGCUUGUACAUGGAAAUCAUACGCGAGAUGAACGAGACAGCCGAGGAGAUGAAAAAGGAGCUGUCUCUCGACAAAGCGAUUGUUCAAAACAGGCUAGUUCCGCCAGAGCCAAAGAAGCAGCGGCAACCGUCGAGCUCACAGCCGUCCAAAAAACCGUCCAAACUUGCGUCAGCAAGGUCGGAGUGGGACUACGAGACUUUCCGACUCAAGUUCAGCUUCAACGAGCCCGUAAGAAAUGGACUUUUCGAUCAGCUGAAGGAAUGCAACGCACGGUUAGAGAAGCUCCUCAGAACGAGCGACAAGGUAUCUGUACUCCUGGACACUGCUCCUGCCAACACGAAACAGACGUCCGCUCUGGAGACUGCAUUCAAGAAGGCGUGGAAGAAGUCGGACUUCCUCUUCAAAGCCCUGCAAAAGGCAUGGCAGUGCUCGUGCCAGCAGUACCACUUCGCCAAUCUUCGGCUCGAACAUCGCACACUUCCAGAUAUUUGCUUCGAGGUUAUUCUCACCUUCGUUUCUCCAUCGUCCCAGGCGAAUGUCCCAUGGUCAUGGCGAGAGUUGCAGUGCGGACAAAUGAUCGGCUGCUCCUUUCCGUACAAGCUCACGAAGCCUGGCCCCACUCCUCACGUACUCAGUUUUACUCCAACAUCAUUACCAACAUCACCAAGGCGAAAGAGAGUGGCUUUCAAAACACUCACCCUGAGCGUACCAAGUAUUGAGUUGGACAUCGUUGAUCCAAGCGUCAAGCUCUGCAAGCUUCUGCGUAACGAAGACGAUGUUAACUGCAUGGGUGUCAUCUGUCAUGACGACGAGACAUACCAUCUGCACCCAUUCAGAAAAAGGAAACGACCAAAUGAUGGCAGCCCACUGACACUAGAUCAUGUCCUCUCCAAUGACUUUGGAGCGUACCUCAGCCGACGCCAACGCUACUCUAUCGCCCUGCUUUUGGCUUCCUCGGUAGCCCAACUCCACUCUAUUGCAUGGCUGGGAAAUGGUCUAAAGAAAGAGGACGUUUUCUUUUUUCCAUGUGAUGAUGAUGACUGCAGUGUACCAUAUCACGAGCCUUUUAUCCGUCAAGGCUUUUCACCCCAUCAUCUUACGACCUCAAAGAUAGAGGCCAAUGAUUGCAACUUCAACUCCCUUGGUAUUCUCCUUCUGGAGCUCUGCUUUGGCCGCCGACUAGAAGAUCAUCCACUUCGCAAAAGACAUCCAACGGAAACUGGAGAAACAAAGCAAGCCUUCGAUCUCAUGGCUGCGCUGAAGUGGUCUCAAAGUGUUGGUGAUGAAGGUGGCGAUGAUUACGCUUCUGCUGUGGGGUGGUGCUUCACGGGUGCUAAUAGCCCGACUCAAUCAUGGAGAGGGGACAUUAUCAAGAACGUUGUCAGGCCCCUAGAGAUGUGUCAAGAGCAUUUUAAGACGACAGCUGUGUCUUGA